AGGUAGAUUAAAUGACACAUGCUCGUCUCUUAAAGUGCGACUUGACGCACGCACUUGAGCCUGCGGUGGGCUCAGCCUCGUGAGAAUUGUUUUCUCAUUAAAACCUUGCACCCAACGUUUUCUUCACUUGGUUGUUUUCAACAGCGCUGAAGCAGGAUAUUGAAAAGUAUCAGCAUCAGUUGUAGGACGCUCAUGUCAAGUCACAGCAGCGACGGAGGAUUUCUCAACCCUGCCUACCAUGACAGCGAGACUCUGGAAGUGGAUAGAAGGUCUUCCAGAAAACCACAGCAUACUAACCCCUAUGGUCGAGAUGACCAUGCCUGGUGGAACGACAGGACAGACACACAUGAAUCCACGAUUGUUCAGAGUGGCGGUAAUGAUUCUGUCGAGAGAGAACCCUGUGGGGGCUGGCAGGAAGAGCGAUGGAUGGGGAGAGAAAGUAUUCCCAUGGGACCACAGUCAAGACACCCAGAGAGUCGUGUGUUCCAGCAUGUCUUCAACCGCAGUCCAUUCCAAAUCAGCCAUGACUCUCAGUACAAUCGAUUGCCACCCGUCCAACUUCCUUCUGCAUCAUCAGGCACCAUGACAAUGAGAUUGAGGGGAGUUGGACUGAGGAUGAACAUAUUUCCUAGUGCGGAUCCUGGUCAUAUAGCAUUUGCAGAAGAAGCCAUCAUGAACGAGAUGGAAAAAGAGGAGCAGAGCCUGGUCAAAGAACUUGUCGCCUUGUCACCAGGAGACCGAGUCAAUGCCAUACGGGACCUUCCGAUGAGCUUUAAAGAAAAAAAACACAUCAGGAGUCAAGUGCUUGCAAUUAAGUCUUCCGGGCAAUCUCGGCGGUUCACAUGUUUCGCCGACUGCUCCGAGAGUGCCUCAGUGUCUCUUCGCAGGGUCGGCUACGGUAUCCGGUCAGCUAAACAGACCUUGGAACUGUGGCAAGGCAUCAUGAAAGAGAUAGGCGGAAAGUUUGGCACCAGUGUACUUUCCUACUUCCUGUUUCUCAAGUGGUUGCUCAUGUUCAACAUAUUCUCCUUCCUGGUCAACUUCGGAUUCAUCACCAUUCCGCUGCUCGUGUAUGAUGACUCCCCCAACCUAUCCCCAAGUGUGAGCUUCAGAGGACUAGAGAUACUAACAGGAGCUGGUUACUUCACCUACACUGUCAUGUACUACGGAGGCUACAGCAAUGAAACCCUCGUGGACCCCGUGGAGUACAAUAUGCAGCUGGCCUACUUUUUCACUAUUGCCGUUUACAUGGUGUUGUGUGGCAUUGCACUUAUCGUUAGCAUGGCCAACUCAUUCAAGGCGAACUACGUGCUUGCGGAUCAAGUGUCAAACAGCGCAUGGCAGCUUUUGUGCAGCUGGGAUUUCAGCAUCAUCAACCAGAGAGCAGUGAGGCAGCGCAAGAACAACCUCAGUGUACAACUCAAGGAGUCCAUGUCAGAGAAGGCCCAAAGGGACAAGCUAACCGUCAUUGAAAAGCUCAAGCACAUUGGGAUUCAUCUGGGCUCGUGGCUCCUCUCCACCGGUCUGGCUGUGGGCUGUGGCGCCAGCAUCUAUUUUCUCUGCCAAUACGAACAGCAGAGGACAGCGGAUGUUUCAAACUGGUCGCUCCUUCAGGAGGCAGAGACUCUCCUCGUCCCCUUCGUGGUGUCCUUGAUGAACCUCGUGGUCCCGCUCUUCUAUUCCCUCUUCAAUAAGUUUGAGCGUUACUCAAGUCAACGCAGGCAGAUCUACGUUCUGGUGCUCAGGAAUGUGUUCCUCAAGAUGUUUAUUCUGGGUGUCUUAUGUUACUACUGGAUGAAUGAGGUGGCUCAGAAGUUUUUGUGUUGGGAAUCCAUGGUUGGACAGGCGUUGUACCGCUUGGUCAUCUUUGACUUCUUCUUUCUGAUGUUGGGGUCCCUCUUUGGAGAGUUUCUUAGCAAUUUGAUUGGAACUAAAUUCUUACCGCGUCUUGGGGUCCCCGAGUUUGACGUCGCCAGGAAUGUCCUGGAGCUGAUCUACGCACAGACGCUGCUCUGGAUUGGGAUUUAUUUCUCUCCACUGCUGCCUGCCAUCCAGAUUGUCAAGUUGUUCACCUUGUUUUACAUAAAAAAGGUCAGCUUGACCCACAACUGUCAGCCUCCACGACGAACAGGCAGGGCAGCUCAGAUGCAAACCAUCUUCAUUGCCCUCCUCUUCUUCCCAUUCUUUGUGGGAGCCCUGUGCAUGGUUGCAUACACAGCAUGGAGACUGACUCCCUCGCAGCAGUGUGGCCCUUUUCGGGGCCUGAACAACACCUUCAGUGUGGUUGGAAUCUGGAUUGAUGGUCUCGAGCACAUCCCUGGUUCUCACGGGGCCAUCUGGAUCUAUGAAAAUGUCAUAAGAAGUGAAAUUGUUUACUUUCUCUGCACACUCAUAAUCUUAGUGAUCAUAUAUCUCUUCUGGCAAGUCACUCAGGGCCGCAAGCAACUCAUCGGUCUACUGAGACAGCAAAUUGUCAAUGAGGGGAAGGACAAGUCUUUCUUGCUGGAAAAGCUGCAGAACCUCCAGAAAUCUCAUCGUAAUAACAAACGCAAACAGAAGAAUCAAAAGAGGCACCGCAAACGCUUUGAUGGCAGUUCUUCGGGCACUCAGUCCAACUCCAAUGCCAUGGUUCAGGCUUUAAUCCUUCACCAACGGCUUGAGGAAGGAGAGGAGAGACGCAGCCCCGGUGGAGCCCCCGUUCCCUCGGAUAUCUUCCGUUCUGAUGCCACACUGGCCAAUCGGAGAGCUGAGGAUCAAGACAGAAGAGAGCUUUACCCGAUGCGCCAGUCGUCCUUCAUUCCGGGGAUUCUUGCCAGGCACAUGGAUGAGGACAAUGAAAGGGAUGUCAACUACAGUACAGCAGAGUUUCCUGAACCCCCUCUCAACACAUCCUUGGCUGUGAUGCAGGCAAUGCAGGCAAGACAAAGAGAAGAAGAUGCAGAGCACGAAGGAGAGGACUUGCCAUCUUCCUACUCUUACGCUAUGAUGCAAGUCAUGCAAGCAAGACGGAAAGCAGAGAGUGAGGAGAGUCUCCAUUGGGGCAGCACUGCUCCUCAUGAAAACCCACCUCCUGCCAGCUCCAGCGCUCUCAUCCAGGCAAUGUUAGCCCGGCAGCAGGCCCAGAAUGAGUUUGACGAUGGCUACUGAACUCAGACUUUGCAAGGAAUCAAUACUGAAAACAGCGAGACUGAGGGUCUUAUUAAGAUGAGCCGAUUCAGCAUCUUGACUUCUACUUCUACUUUUUCCAACAAAACUGCAGGACAAAACUAAUUUGCACAAACUAGAAACAUCUACAGUAUUUAUUUGAGAGUGCAGUUUCACUUUAAAGGGAUAGUUGGGAUUUUUUGACAUGAAGUUGUGUGACAUCCCCAUCAGCAGUGUCCCAAAUCAACAGAGACUCCCCCAACCACAACUGGUCCCCUAAGCCCUGGGUCCCCGGAUUUCGGUGAUUUCGCUGUGGAACACACACACACGUAAACACACGUCAGCGAUCGGUGAUGUCUGAUUUUUUCGAGGAGGCAUUUUUGUGCUCAAAUGUAGUACUCUUUCGAACGCAUACUGUUUUGAGAAGCCGAACACCUUACUUGAGUAACCCCAGCGACUACCUGGAACUACAUUCUUCAUCACUGAAAUCUGAGGAUGUCAUACAACUUCAUGUCAAAAAACCUUCAUAUACCCUAUUAGUAUAUUUUCAUUAAAAAAAAAUGAUAUGACAAAUAUAUAUGCCAGGGGUCGGGAACCUUUUUGGCAGAGAGAGCCACAUAUGUUAAAAUGCAUUUCUGUGAGAGCCAUAUCAUAUCUUUUUUUAACAUUGAAUACAACUAAAUGCAUGCAUUUUUAAGCAAGACCAACAAUUUUAGAAUUCACUAAGUCUCUAAAUGUAUGUUCGAUCCCAACAACAUAAUUAUAUGUCUUUUUUUGCGCGAGAGGCUAAACGAGGUGCUGAUGCAACUCCUUAUCAAAGGAUUAGACUUCAGGGCAAUUGAAAUGCCAUAAAAACAGCCGCUAGAUGGCGGAAGUGCAUGUUUUUAAUAGCAUUGUUAAACUGAAGCUCACAAAUGAAUAAGUAAAUAUUUGUUGCCAUGAAUGUGACUUCAGGUGCUGCAGGUACCAUACCCUUGUGAACAUCAGUUGAACAGCACUGUACUGCAGAAAGUCAUUUGUUGCUCCAAAAAUGGCAAGAAAAAAAGGGGAAUUCCAUCUCAACACUUCAAAAUGUACCGGUAGCUUUUUCUGCCAGAGAAAUUGGAGUGUUCUACAAGUAUUCACCGGGUGUGUACUUUGGAUUGGUUUUAAUGCACAAACUGUACAAAAGUGGCCCCGCAUCCUUUCUGUAUGCGACCCUCAACGGAAAAAGUUAGGACACUCUUGCUCUAAUAAACCUGACUGACGACGGGUACUUCA